AUGACACCUGACUCGUUCCGGAACCCGGGUCUUUGGUGCGACUUCCAUCGCGAUCAUGGCCACAAAACCAAAGACUGCAUCGCCCUGAGGAUCGAGGUCAACGAACUACUCCAAAAGGGGCAUCUUCGAGAAUUCCUCUCAGAGAAAGCCACGGCCCACCUCAACAAAGAGACAACAGGGAAAUCCAAAGGAGCUGCACCAGCCUCACCACCUCGCCAAGAUCGGGUGAUCCAUGUCAUAUCUGGAGGCUCGGAAGUAAGCGGAGUAAGCCACACAGCCGCAAAGAAAAGCACCCGCACCGACGAGAAAAGCUUCACAGCUAAGGAGCAAGAGAAGAUCCUGGCUCCCCACCAUGAUGCUCUAGUUAUCUCUCUCACAGUAGCAAACUGCUUGGUGAAAAGAAUACUAGUAGACAACGGCAGCUCCAGCAACAUCAUCUUCCAGAUGGCGUACCAAGAUCUAGGGCUGGAGGAGAGCACCCUGACGCGCAAGGUAACCCCACUCAUUGGGUUCAGCGGCGAGGUCAAGAAAACCGCCGGAGAGGUUAUCCUCCCAGUAUACGCUGAAGGGGUCAACAUGUCUACCAAAUUCCUGGUCGUAGAUUGCCAAUCGGCAUAUAACAUGAUCUUGGGACGACCCUGGAUUCAUGACAUGGGAGCAGUCCCUUCAACCCUUCAUCAGAUGGUGAAGUUCCCUACACCCUGGGGCAUCAGAAUAAUUAGGGGAGACAAGGAGAACUCUCGAUCCUGCUACCAUACCACCCUGAAGGGGAAGACCAAAGUCUUAUAG